UUGUCACAAAGGCUAAUUCAAAUAGCCAAAAACCCCUUUCAAUUGCAACAGACAAGGACCAGACAGGACCGUACUCUUCCGUUGCAUUCAGUAGGCGGAAACGCACGGAAUCUAUAGCCCUUUGAUUGGAGUACUCUUAACUCCACUGCACACUGGACAACCGUACCAUCAUGUUCACCAGUAACACAUCACCCGUCGAAACUCCUAGUUCGCCCGUCUUCAAUGAAAAACAUAUCGAAGAAUCUCCACCGUCUUCCCCGGUGCACAUCGCCAACCCAGUCAUCUCAAGUGCGGAGUUUGUCCUCGAACAAACAAAUGUCGUCAAAAUUAAUAACGACGCGGUCAAAAAAGCCGCCCAAUACAUUUUGCGAAAACUCUCCUCCGAGUCUUAUACUCCUCGCACAUGGCGCACGCAUCCCUUGCACAUAUUCCCUCCGGAGCCAUAUGACCCUGACGAUAUAGUCACGGGUGCAUGUCUGAACUGGAUAUUUCUCAUAUCCUCUCUGAAUUUCAGUUUUUGGUCUGAAAAAGAAGGCCAGCCAGACCGCUACGGCGUCGAAUGGCGAACUAGCUGGGGAAGCGAAACGACAACAGUCCACACCGGGUACUGGAGUCUAGUAGCUGCUCUGAAUCGAGCACUGGAGGAGGGUAUACCCAUCAUCGAUCCCAGAUUUUAUUCCUCAGAAACACUGUGCCCAGACUCGCUGAUAGCUCACAUAUUCCGUGCUGCACCUCAAUCCACUGAACCAGUGCCCCUUUUCAAUGAGCGCUUAGCGAUCAUGCGCGAAGUGGGCACCAAACUAUGUAACGUAAGCUUUUCCCUAUAUGUAUGCAUUCUGGUGUUUAUAGCCGCACAGGAAUUCGGGGGAUCGUACCUAGGGUUUCUUGAUGCCUUCCAAAGAAGACACAGCAAUCAAGGCACGGCCCUUGACCUCGUCCAAUUCGUCACGGACUCCUUCCCGAGUUUUAGAGACGAACAACUGUUCAACGGACGGCGAGUAUGUUUCUGGAAGCGGCCCCAAAUUCUAGUCGCAGAAACCUGGGCAGCUUUCUACCCUGAAAAUGCACACACCCCACACCCCAUUUUCCCCGGACUCUCCGGACCCCUCAUAAGCGACCUAACGAUGUUCGCAGACUACCGCGUUCCUCAAAUCCUACACCACCUCCGCAUCCUCACCUAUCCUGCAUCUCUGAUCCGCAAACUGCGCAACGGCACGGAACUCGGUCUCGGAUCGAAAGAAGAAAUGAGCUUGCGUGCUGCGAGCAUCAUCGCUGUGGAGCAGAUCCGAAAUGAGAUAAUCUCUUGUGAAUCAAACUGGGAAGCGAGCAGUGUGCUGAUCGAUUUCUAUCUUUGGGAUCUUGCCAAAAAACUGGAAAGAGGAGAAGAGCGUAUUGAUGGGAUUGAUACGGAUGAUAUCGAGCCUGCGCACAGAACGAGGAGUAUAUGGUACUAAGCCUUUGGUUUUAUCAAUAGACAUAGACAUAGAUAUAAACUUCACUUAUCUUCGGGUUUCUUUUCCCCCUUUCCCCGGUGGAAUCGGUCGUUACUCUAGAUGCGGUUAGAUCCUUGGCUCGCCUAUCUCACAUUUAAAAAUUCGCAAUGACGACGCUUUGACUGAUUACACAUGAAAUCAGCUUGCUCCACAGCCGAGGCUCGAUCUUCUUGAUGGCACGCCGUCGAAGUUUUGAUCUAAACCACGCCGACGUACCAUUCUGAUGAACCCAAAUGGC